AAGCAUAAUGAAUGACGUGCAGUGACUCUGCAUUCAAGCUUGAUAGUGUGGCAUCAUCUGACCGCAGCCGCUCUUUCUACUGGAUGACGAAUGCGUCACCAUCUCCCCGUUCUUUCUCUAUUUACACCGCGAGCCUGUCGUCCGACAGCCGUCGCUCUUUCUACCGGAUCGCGGACGUGCCUUCCGUUUCACAUUUCCUCUCUCCUCUCAUAUAUUGUUCGACCCAAGUCACUCCUUCAUGUACCCCUUUCACCUUUCUCUUUCUUAUCGUCUGACCAAAAUCACUCCGUAUACCCGUUUCACCUUUCUCUUUCUUCUUGUCGUCCGGCCCAAGUCACUCCUUCAUAUAUCCCUUUCACUUUCAUUUCAUCUUAUUAUCGUCCGACCCAAGUCACUCCUUCUUUCUCUUUGUUCUUACUCUUCUUCCGAGCCUCACGCCCGCCAGGUCACUCUCUCACUCUGCCCCGGACUCUGGAAGCCCGAGGGCCUGCACUGCUCCAUUCACGCAUCACUAUUUACUCGCGGCUCCAUACUCAGCCUAUUUCAUUAUCUCUGCCCCGGACUUCGCCCAUUCGCGCAUCACGGUUUACACGCAGCUCCAGCCUAUUUCAUUAUCUUUGCCCCGGACUUCGCCCAUUCGCGCAUCACGGUUUACAUGCAGCUCCAGCCUAUUUCAUUAUCUCUGCCCCGGACUUCGCCCAUUCGCGCACCACAGUUUACAUGCAGCUCCAGCCUAUUUCAUCAUCUCUGCCCCGGACUUCGCCUAUUCGCGCACCACAGUUUACACGCGACUCCAGCCUAUUACAUUACGACUUCUUGUCCACACCGACACUUCGCCUCGAACGGAACUCCAUCCGCAACAUUGUUCAUUCGAGACUCUAUGAUACCCAUAUCUGGUUCGUCCACGACUCAUCUUAUGCCUCUUUAUACCUUAUGACAUUUUUAUGACUUACGAUACUUUACGACUUCCGACACUUUCUUAUUUAUCGUCCGACCCAUGUCACUCCUUCAUAUACCCAUUUCUCCUUUCUCUCUCCUCUUAUGUAUGGUCCAAUCCGCGUCAUUCCUUCAACAUAUACUCCGUUUACCUUUCAUUUUUACUAGAACCGUUGUCAUUCUUUUACGAAACCCCCUGGCCACUUGUCCCUUAGUUCUUAUGCCCUAUACAACUUUUUCCUCUAUGCCCUAUGCCUUUAUGAAAAAAACACGAUUUUUAGGCUUCGCACUGAGAUCAGGGCGGCAUUGGUGCACUGCGUCGAAGUUACAGACUUCUAGUCCUCAUCUUUCCAACUGUGGAACAUGGUCUAGCUUACAUGCGAUUUGAACUCGAGAAAUCGAAGAUACGC